AACGUCACAGUCUCGUGACUUAUGCCGGAAGAAGGGGGAUUCACAACAACACGAACGGGAGUAAAACACCAAGAAACGGUUUAAAUUCAUUCCCGUUUUCAUCUUGCUCUCGCCUCGUAUCAACGCAGAGAUGGACGGCUCUGUCCGAGCAUCGUCAGACUCGUCUGCUGGACCUCCACCGUAUAUUAGAGGAAAUGAAGGCUCCUUGGUCUCUGCCAUGAAGACUCUUCUGUUCUUCACCAUCCUCAUGGUGACGCUGCCCAUCGGAUUGUACUUCUCAUCCAAGGCUUACAUCUUUGAGGGUUCGAUGAAGAUGUCGAGCUCCGACAGCUACUUCUACGCAGCCAUCGUAGCGGUGCUUGCUGUGCAUGUGGUCUUGGCUCUGUUUGUGUAUGUCGCCUGGAACGAAGGCACGCCUAAAAGCAAGGGCAAACAUGAUUAAGGCAUGCCCUUAUCAGCUUCUGAGGCCGCCGGAGAUGGACAGACUGCAGGCAAGGAUCCACAGUCCUGUCUCCUGCAGGCAUCAACACUCAACGCUGCACCAUCUACAAACCAGACAAGUCAUCGGAGGGGAUCUGGCUUGGCUCAGGCUUUAACCCCGAGGUUAGAGCAGGAAGUAGUGUAUUUUUCUUGAUGUGGGGGUGCGUAGACCGGAGGGUGCAAUUUUAUUGCCAGGCCCCAGCAGGCAUAAUUUUGUUUCCCCACACAAAAUGAUUCCUUUUGUUGACUGAGGACGCUUUGUUUUGUAUUUGAAAGCCUUCGUCCUCGGAUGCGGUUCGGCUCAGGGCUCUGAGUCCCUCCACACUAAGAGCUUUUGUCAGAAUUCAUCUGCACAACAUGUUCUUUUUUUUUUUUAUUUGAGUUGAUCCAUUUUAAUCAAGAAAACAGCUGAUUCCUUCCCUAAUUUUCAGUCAUUUUCCAAAUACAUUCUGUACCAUAGAAUAAAGUUAACCUGAUGUCUCGUUAAAACGACCUCAGUCUUCUCUGUCAUUCUCAAUUAAGCGUUUUUCAUCGCUGAUUUGAAUGUGUUUGUCCACUGUAGUGAGAUGAUGUCAUAAAACAUGGAUUAGAAACCAUUGUUUUACUUCAAUGAAUUCUUUGUACUGGAGAUGUGUGAUGUUAAUGUAAUUUUAGUAUUUGUUGAAUUACUCAAAUAAACUUCAGAGUUUAAGACUUUAA